ACAGUUAUACAGGUUGAUUUAUUUUAGAAAACAAAUAAACAACCAAAAACUACGGUUAUGGUUAGGGUUAGAUUUAGAUGAUCAAAUAGGCCACGCCUACCCGAUGACGCAAUAUCUGAUACGCUGUUCUGAAAUCCCUGGAAAUAAGUGCAUCCCGUGAUGGCUCUCUAACGGAUGGAAAGGCAAACUGGUUCUUAGAAGGCUCGCCAGUGGAACCAACUUAGAACAGCACCAGGACUAGCUCUGAACCAGCACCCGGUUCUUUCUGGUGGAAAAGGGGUUCCUAGUUUCACACUCCAGACGAAGAUGAGUAACAUAACAAAGUAUACUGUUUUUGAUCUGCCAGAUUAUCAGACUGAAGACUAUGAUAAUGUGUCCUUUGUCGAUUCGUUCACAUGUGACACUGAAAAUGACCUCCUGCGCCUGUACCAUACUGUGUUCCAGCCACUAAUCUACAGCAUAGUGUUUCUACUGGGCCUCUCAGGAAACGGCCUCCUGCUGAUGGUUCUGCUGCAGCGUCGUGCUCACCUACGCAUUACUGACAUCUACCUGCUGCAUUUGGCCCUGGCUGAUCUGCUCCUGCUCUUUACCUUUCCUUUUGCAGUGUCCGAUGUGCUGACAGGUUGGGUCUUUGGCAACUUCAUGUGCAAGAUUGUAGGCCUGUUAUACCGCCUGAAUCUGUUGUGUGGGAGUCUUCUCCUUGCAGGCAUUGGAUUUGAUCGCUACCUCGCCAUUGUUCAUGUUGUAUCCAGCCUCAAGACCCGUCGACCCCAAACGGUUCAUUUAAUCUGUGCUCUGCUCUGGCUAUUUUGUCUUGCAAUAUCUAUGCCCAACAUAGUAUUUAUUUCUGUGGAACCCAGAAGGAAUGACCCCACAUGGCUACAGUGUCACUUCAACAUUCAUGCGAUCCAUGCUCACUGGUUACUUGUUAGUCGGUUGCUGACACACCUGUUGUGCUUCAUCCUUCCCUUAGCCAUCAUGGGCUACUGCUACACUGCUAUAGUGUUCACCCUGUACCACAGUCAACAGAGUCUGGAGAAGCAAGGGGCUAUUCGUCUGGCUAUGGUGGUUACCCUGGUUUUCUGCUUGUGUUGGCUACCCUAUAACAUAACCCUUUUUGUGGACACCCUUGUGAGUCAAAAGGUUCUGACUCUGAAGACCUGUCAGAGUAGAAUUUCACUGUCUCUGGCUCUGAUAGUGACUGAAAGUAUUGGCUUUAGUCACUGCUGCCUUAAUCCAAUCCUUUAUGCCUUUGUAGCGGUGCAUUUCCGGAAGGAACUUUUAAGAUUGCUAGCAAAACAUUUCCGUGUCUGUGGGCCAAGCACCAGAUGUUUCAGCAAUACAUCUGUCUCAGAGGUGGCCACCACCACUUGCCAAUACAACUGAGCCCAGAAACAUGGAAAAACCUUUGGGAAAUUAUGCAAUCAUUCAGUCAUCAUGUAGAUAUUUUUUUAAAAUAAAAUCAGAGCUUAAUUUUGACUCCCUGUGUCACCUGUCUGAUCAUCUAUGGCCUAUGCAUUUAGGAAGUUUUUUUUUUUUUUUUUUUUUUUUUUUUUUUACAGAGGAAGCAUUUAAAUACUUUUAUCAUUGUAAAUAUUCUAUGCCUACAUUUUAUAAUAUCCAAUGUAAGAUAACAAAAGAUGUAAGAGAUUUUUGAAAAAAUAAA